AUUUACAAUCACUUGUUUAAUAGUUUAAAGGAAUAUCGAGCGAUCCAAUAUUCUUUAAUAUCUCUUCUGUUGAAAUAAUCCAAAAUAUGUCCUCGCGCUAUGAUCGAGCUGUGACCAUUUUCUCGCCGGACGGGCAUUUGUUGCAGGUGGAAUACGCCCAGGAAGCCGUCCGAAAGGGUUCGACUGCAGUCGGCGUUCGCGGGGCCAACUGUGUGGUGCUGGGCGUGGAGAAGAGCUCGGUGGCCAAGUUGCAGGAGGAUCGCUCGGUGCGCAAGAUCAGCAUGCUCGAUCGCCACGUUGUGAUGGCCUUUGCGGGAUUAACGGCGGACGCCCGCAUCCUGGUAAAUCGUGCUCAGACUGAGUGCCAGAGUCAUCGUCUGAACUUCGAGCAUGCGGUGACCCUGGAGUACAUUACCAGAUAUAUUGCCGAGCUGAAGCAGAAGUACACGCAGAGCAAUGGCCGUCGUCCCUUUGGGAUAUCCUGCCUUAUCGGCGGUUUCGAUGCCAAUGGCUCAGCACAUCUCUUCCAGACCGAACCGUCUGGUAUUUUCUAUGAGUUCAAGGCGAACGCCACCGGCCGUUCAGCAAAUACUGUUCGCGAGUUCUUUGAGAAGACCUACUGCGAGGAGGAGGUCAGCAACGAGCGCGGAGCCGUCAAGCUGGCCAUACGAGCCCUCCUCGAAGUCGCCCAGUCGGGCCAAAACCACCUGGAGGUGGCCAUCAUGCAUAAGGACGAGCCACUGCAUCUGUUAGACAGCAAAAUCAUUGCGGAAUAUGUGAAAAUCAUCGAAAGGGAAAAGUAUGUUGAGCUCAAUUCAAAGAAACCGAGAAAUUAACUGAUGUUGUUUUUUUUGUUUUGAACUGAUUU